CCAGUCGUCUUCAAGUCCUUCGCUCACAGAACGCUCGCAGCCUCCAGAGAUCGAACCCAUCCUCCCAACAUGCCGAAGCAAAUCCAUGAGAUCAAGGAUUUCCUCCUGACUGCAAGAAGGAAGGAUGCACGCUCUGUGAAAAUCAAGAAGACGAAAGACGCAGUCAAGUUCAAGGUUCGAUGCUCCAAGUACCUUUACACACUUUGUGUGUUUGAUACCGAGAAGGCUGAUAAGUUGAAGCAAUCCCUUCCUCCAGGUUUGACUGUUCAGGAUCUUUGAAGAGGACUUGGUGUAGUGAUUUAAUGAAAAUGCCAUGUAACCUUUUAUUUUUGUCUUGGAACUUGGAACAAUUCAUGGCUUAUCAUAAUGUUGUCGGUGUUAGAUUUUAUGCCCUGAUAUGUGGGUUUUAUUAGACUUCGUUUAUUAUCUAGCGGAUAUAUAAUGGAUUUGUUACUGUUUGGAUUUGAUGGAGUUUAAUGGAUCUGUUGAAACUAGGCCUUCAAAGCUUGACCAUAAUGAUAUUUUAUUGGUUUCGUGACAUGGUG